AUGGCACCGGUCAAAAGUAAGCACGCCGAUAAUGAACCCUCUGACGACGUAAAUCGCCGUACCAAGACGAAACGGAAGACGUACCGGUACUGCUGUGUGAAGAACUGUCAUAACAACGAGGGACUCGGACAAGUGAAACUGCACCGCUUUCCUUCGCAACCGUGGGAUAAGGAACGGCGUAAGAAAUGGAUCUCGGCUGUCAGGCGUGUAAACACAGAUGGCUCAGAAUGGGCACCAAACAGCAGCUCCAGGAUCUGUUCAGAGCAUUUUGUCAAUAAUGCCAAAAGCAACAUCGCAGCCCAUCCUGCGUACCUCCCCACACUCUUUCCAGCAGUGUACAAGAGGAGUUCAGUGAUUCCGCAGGACCAAGCGUCAAGGUUUGACAGAUGGCAUCACAGAGUAGCAAGCAGACAAGCAUCGAGUCUGGGGGGUCCCGCUUCAUCUUUGACUGGAAUCCCAAGCACA